GCCCCGCCCAUCAGCAUCUCCAGGCGGCGGAGCGGAGCUGGGAGUCUGGAGGAGCUGGAGCAGGCAGCGCACAGUGCAGCGGCUCCCGCGUUUGUCCGACACUUAGCUAGAGCUGCUCCCCAGGCGGUGGAGGUGAUGAUGGCGGCGGCUGUAGAGAGAGGAGUCGUCCGGGCCGCUCUCCUGAACCCGAGCAGCGGUGGCGGCGGCGGACCAGCGCCGACGAUGCUCCCGGCCGGAGCGUUAGCCGGGGCUGUGCUGCUGGGCUCGGGCUCGGGCAGCAUGCCCGUACCCAUGAACCUCUUCGCGACCUGGGAGAUAGACCGAUCAUCCCCAAGCUGCGUCCCGAGGCUCUGCAGCCUCACACUGAAAAAGCUGGUUGUCCUCAAAGAACUGGAUAAAGAGCUGAACUCCCUGUCUAUAGCUGUCAAAAUACAGGGUUCAAAGCGUCUCCUUAGAUCAAAUGAGUACAUCCUCCCUCCCAGCGGACUGAUGGAGACAGAUCUGGAGCUCACAUUCUCACUACAGUACCCUCAUUUUCUGAAGAGGGACGCCAACAGACUGCAGAUCAUGCUGCAGAGGAGGAAACGUUACAAGAAUCGAACCAUCCUGGGCUACAAAACGUUGGCCGUGGGAGUCAUCAAUAUGGCUGAGGUGAUGCAACACCCGACAGACGGAGGACAAAUUCUGGGUCUCCAUAGCAACGUGAAGGAGGCGCCAGUACGCGUGGCAGAGAUCAGCGUGUACUCCCUGUCCAGCCAGCCCAUCGACCACGAGGACGGCAGCGGCCAAGCUGGCCGCAAGACUAAAACCUCAGACCGCUCCCCAGACAUGGAUAAUUAUUCUGAGGAGGAUGAUGACAGCUACUCUUCAGAGCAAGAAGCCAGUGAUGACGCAGUUCAUGGCCAGGAUCUUUAUGACGAGGACGAUGAGGUCAGGAAGCCCAAGAAAGCCCGGAGGAAAAUGAUUCGAACCACUUCCAUGACCAGGCAACCUAACUUCAAGCAGAAGUUUGUGGCCUUGCUUAAGAGGUUCAAGGUGACAGAUGAGGUCCUGGACUCUGACCCUGUAGACCAGACCCAGGAGGUGGAGGAGGAUCUGGACUUACUAUAUGACAGUCUUGAAGUGUACAACCAGAGCGACAGCGGGCCAGAGAUGGAGGAUAACGAGAGCGUCCUUAGCACACCUAAACCUAAACUGAAGCCGUUUUUUGAAGGGAUGUCUCACUCCAGCUCUCAGACAGAAAUUGGAAGCAUACACAGCCAGAAAAGUCAGCAGAGAGAGCUGUCAUGUCCUAGUGGAGACUUUUUGACUGUGGAGAGAUGUAAAGUACAAGGAGCUCGGUAUCAAGACGACAGCAUCACAGAUACAACUGUUGUGGAGCCAGAGACUGACGACAACGGGCCCGGGCCGGGGGAGGUGAGCAGCUGGGAUGUCAACACUGAGCGAAUGACCAGCAGUGUUGGCAAGCUCUGCAAGACAGAGUCCCAAAACCACAUGUCUCCCAGUAAGGUUGAGAACAAGCUGCAGAGGCGUCCUCGCAGCACCUCCAUGAAAGACAGACAGAACUCCAAGGCUCAGAGCGACAGAACCAGCAGUAUGGAGAGCGAGUACUCCCCAGACUCACGACUCAUAGCACAGGUUCCCAGGAAGUCUGUGUACGACCAACUGAACCAGAUCCUCAUCUCUGACGAACGCCUUCCAGAGAGCAUCAUCCUCAUCAACACCAUGGAGUGGCAAGGACAGUAUGUAGCCGAGUUGCUCCAUGAACAGGCCCAGCCCAUUGUGUCCACCUGCUCUGCUGCCGAUGUUCAGGCUGCCUUCAACACCAUCGUUACUCGCAUCCAGAGAUUCUGCAACUGCAAUGCACAGACCCCACCGACGAUGAAGGUAGCAGUGGCAGGUGACCAGAGUUACCUCAGCACCAUCCUGAGGUUCUUUGUGGAGCAGCUGGCCAACAAGACCCCUGACUGGCUCAGUUACAUACGCUUUUUGGUGAUCCCCAUAGGUUCUCAUCCCCUGGCAAAGUAUGUGGCCUCCUUUGACAGCAAGUUCAACAACAUCUUUAUGGACACUGCAUGGAGGGAGCUGUUCUGCAGGACAGAUCGGCCCGCCUCAGAUAACAUAGAUGUAGCAGGACGAGUGGUUCAGUAUCUGGCCGGUGCCAACGUGUCCCACCAGUUCCCCAUCUCGGAAGCCAUGCUCACCUACAAACAGAAGAGCCCUGAUGAGGACUCCUGUCAGAAAUUUGUGCCAUUUAUCGGGGUUGUGAAAGUUGGAAUUGUGGAGCAAAGCCUCUCAACCUCAGUUGACUCAGAUGAUGCGAUGGGAGGCAACACAAGCAUCCUGUCCUCCCCGACUCCCCCAUCGGCUGGUCUGUAUGGGAAGGAGAUUGGGGGCACUCCCCCGCAGUCCCCCUCUGUGUCCACCGCCCUCUCUGGAGCUGGUUCUCCAUGUUCGGGCAACGAGGUCAUGGGUCUGCAGGUGGACUACUGGACGUGGCAAGGCCCAGAGAAGAAGAAGGAGGGAGAGAAGAGAGACGUGGGGCUGAAGAACACCCUGAAGAGUAAUUUCCGUUCACUGCAAGUCAGCCGCCUCCCGUGUGGAGGGGAACUCACCCCUCCGCCCAGCAUGGCCAUGACUGUUGUUACCAAGGAGAAGAACAAGAAAGUGAUUUUUCUCAGCAAGAAGCCCAAGGAGAAAGAGCUGGACUCUAAGAGCCAAGUGAUUGAUGGUAUCAGCAGGUUGAUCUGCACAGCCAAGCACCAGCACACAAUGCUGAGAGUCACUAUUGACGGAGUGGAGUGGAAUGAUGUGAAGUUUUUCCAGCUUGCCGCCCAGUGGCCGACACAUGUCAAGCACUUCCCUGUUGGAAUCUUCGGUUACACUAAGCCUGUGUGACCCCGGCCGCCGUCACUGCAACCUCACCCACUACCAGACUCCCCGCCGCACUUGUCUCACCGAAAGGCUACAGAGCAUUAGAGGAAAAGCCAACCGGCCCCUGCCAGUAAUAGUUUUCCUGUGGAAAUCUUACUGACUCACAACCGUGUUCAAUACACAAACUUCAUGUCGUCAAUUUGAUGUUUUGAUGUUGUUGGGUGUUGUUGUUUUGUUUUGUUUUCUACACACUACAGAAAGAACAAGUACUAUUUUGUAAGAUUUGUGCUACCGCCUCGGAGGUAUUUUGAGGCUUUUUGACAAUUUGCCACAUUUCGAUAAUGGCAGCUGUGUUUGCACUUUUUGUUUUUGUUAACAUUUUAUUAUUUCUGUGAAAUCCUACAUUUAUUGUUACUCUAUAGACAAUGGAGGAGUGUGGUGGUGACGUGCAGUGGCGUGCGUGAGAUUGUUUGAGACCGUGUUUGUGUUUGUUGUUGAAAGUUGGAAUAUUGCUGUGAAUCUAGAUGGAAUCCUUCUCUUCGAAGCUCAGUGCUCCGUUUUCUUACUCGUCCCUUUACGUUCUCCACAUAGGUCCAUUUUUAUAAAAAAGGAACACUGCGUUCUUUUUGCCUCGAUGCUUUCAAGCACACUGUGCAUCUAAAGCAAAUCAAAACAGAAACAACAACUGGAGCUUUGUAUGUUUGAAGGUAGCUAUGAUGAAUGUAGCUAUGACACAUUUGUAACAUGUAAGCCGUUCGUCCAAUGACUUCAUUCAUGUAAGUACUGGAGAUUUUUGUAUCGAUGUACAUUUGGAUUGUACAGUAACAGACUUUAGAAGCAGGGUAACGUGACACAGAAACAACAGACUUCAUCUCCCAACAGCUGAACGCCAAAUUUAGUUGUGACUCUAUGAGCUGACGUAUUCGUUUCUCACUCUUUUGUUCCACUUGAGUGUAAUCAGGCCUCUCUGGAGUAAAUUCAGGUUGUAACAGCUUUUCUUUGGCAAACAUGGCCGCCCCAUAUUCAGCUGACCCUGAGACAACAUCUCACAGACCUGCAGUAACACAGCAAAUAACUGGAUCGCUCCCAAUAUGCGGCGAUGUGCCAAAGUGGCGUUUGUUUCACAGUGUAACCGACAGAGCUCUUGCCUUGGCCAAAUAGUUUGUAAGAAUUAAAACUAAUAAAUAGUGUGGUCCCUGUGGAGAUCAGUAUUUAGAUUACUGAGGUGAAAAAAAAUAAUUUACAGAUUAGUUUUCCACUUUUUUGGCCAAAUGUGGACGUGCACAUCCAAACCAACCGUCGUGCCCUUUACCACGGCUCCGUCAUGCAGGUAGCCCCCAACCGUGAACUGCUCAUUCAGGACAUCUUUGUUCUGGGUACAUCUCUAAUAGGAAUGAGCUGCUCUCAUUUGAAUUGUGCUUUGACCGUAGAGUUAAGCGAAACCGAGUAAUGUAUUGCUUUUAAAACAUGAUGAAAAGUGUAUGGAGUCUUGCCAGAAGUCACUGCCUGUGUGUGUGU